UUUCCACCCAGCAGGAUGGGUGAUGCGGAGAGCUGCCUGUUCAGACAACAGACACGCGAGGUCAGGAAGAAGCCGCUUAUAAAUUACCGCUUCCUCCGCGCCGCCGCCAGCACCGAGCUCCGGGCCCUGGCUGCAGCCGAGCUCCUCCAACCGGUGCCCAUCACCCAGAGUCGCGAGCCCCGGGGCACCCUCCGCCAGCCUGACCCCGAGCCCCGCGCAGCCGACUGGGCGCAGCGCCGCGUCCACUCAGGUGCAGAGACAAAGCCACAGCCUCACUGGAGGAGCCUCUGAAAUAAAACGAGGAAAUGGCCACCAAGGAAAAGCUACAGUGCUUGAAAGACUUCCACAAAGACAUCCUGAAGCCCUCACCAGGGAAGAGCCCAGGCACACGUCCUGAGGAUGAGGCAGAAGGGAAGCCCCCUCAGAGGGAGAAGUGGUCCAGCAAGAUUGACUUUGUGCUGUCCGUGGCCGGAGGCUUUGUGGGUUUGGGCAAUGUCUGGCGUUUCCCUUACCUCUGCUACAAAAAUGGUGGAGGUGCGUUUCUCAUACCGUAUUUUAUUUUCCUGUUUGGGAGUGGCCUGCCUGUGUUUUUCCUGGAGGUCAUCAUAGGCCAGUACACCUCGGAAGGGGGCAUCACCUGCUGGGAGAAGAUCUGCCCCUUGUUUUCCGGCAUUGGCUAUGCAUCCAUUGUCAUUGUGUCCCUCCUGAAUGUGUACUACAUCGUUAUUCUGGCCUGGGCCACAUACUACCUGUUCCAGUCCUUCCAGAAGGAGCUUCCCUGGGCCCACUGCAACCAUAGCUGGAAUACACCAUACUGCAUGGAAGACACACUGCGUAGGAACAAGAGUCUCUGGAUCUCUCUCAGCACCUCCAACUUCACCUCACCUGUCAUCGAGUUCUGGGAGCGCAACGUGCUCAGCCUGUCCCCUGGAAUCGACCACCCAGGUGCUCUGAAAUGGGACCUAGCACUCUGCCUCCUCCUUGUCUGGUUGGUCUGCUUCUUCUGCAUCUGGAAGGGCGUCCGAUCCACAGGCAAGGUUGUCUACUUCACCGCCACUUUCCCAUUUGCUAUGCUUCUGGUACUGCUGGUUCGUGGCCUGACGCUGCCAGGCGCUGGCGCGGGCAUCAAGUUCUACCUGUACCCUAAUAUCACCCGACUUGAGGACCCACAGGUGUGGAUCGACGCCGGGACCCAGAUUUUUUUCUCCUAUGCCAUCUGCCUGGGGGCCAUGACCUCACUGGGGAGCUACAAUAAGUACAAGUACAACUCGUACAGGGACUGUAUGCUGCUGGGAUGCCUGAACAGUGGUACCAGUUUUGUGUCUGGCUUCGCAAUUUUUUCCAUCCUGGGCUUCAUGGCACAAGAGCAAGGGGUGGACAUUGCUGAUGUGGCUGAGUCAGGUCCUGGCCUGGCCUUCAUUGCCUACCCCAAAGCUGUAACCAUGAUGCCACUCCCCACAUUUUGGUCCAUUCUGUUUUUUAUUAUGCUUCUCUUGCUUGGACUGGACAGCCAGUUUGUUGAAGUCGAAGGACAGAUCACAUCCUUGGUUGAUCUUUACCCGUCCUUCCUAAGGAAGGGUUAUCGUCGGGAAAUCUUCAUCGCCAUCGUGUGUAGCAUCAGCUACCUGCUGGGGCUGACGAUGGUGACAGAGGGUGGCAUGUAUGUGUUUCAACUCUUUGACUACUAUGCAGCUAGCGGUGUAUGCCUUUUGUGGGUUGCAUUCUUUGAAUGUUUUGUUAUUGCCUGGAUAUAUGGCGGUGAUAACUUCUAUGACGGUAUUGAGGACAUGAUUGGCUAUCGGCCUGGGCCCUGGAUGAAGUACAGCUGGGCUGUCAUCACUCCAGUUCUCUGUGUUGGCUGUUUCAUCUUCUCUCUUGUCAAGUAUGUACCCCUGACCUACAACAAAGUCUACGUGUACCCUGAUUGGGCCAUUGGACUGGGCUGGAGCCUGGCUCUGGCCUCCAUGGUGUGCAUCCCAUUGGUCAUCGUCAUCCGCCUCUGCCGGACGGAGGGACCGCUCCGUGUGAGAAUCAAGUACCUGCUGACCCCCAGGGAACCCAAUCGCUGGGCUGUGGAGCGUGAGGGAGCCACUCCCUUUAAUUCUCACUCGGCCCUCACUAUGAACGGUGUGCUCAUGAAACCUAGCCACGUGAUCGUGGAGACCAUGAUGUGAGGUCGGGGCCACGGGCUGGGGCGCCGCUUUCCUGCUGUUUACUAACGUUAGAUUCUCAUAGGACCAGGUUUACAGAGCUUUAUAUUUGCACUAGGAUUUUUUUUUGUCACAGAAAAUGUUACUCUGUGUGUGUGUGUGUGUGUGUGUGUGUGUGUGUGUGUGUGUAUCAUGUGUGUUUUGUUUUGAUUUGGGGAUAUUUUGUACAAAAAGAAAACCCACAGGCCAAUGUCCUGGGGAAAGAAUGAACUUUCAUAUUGAAUUCGAUGUAUUUUAUGGGAACUUGGUAAAUUUUUCUUUGUAUUUUUUUUUACAUAUAAUUAUAUAUACUUAGAGACUGCCAUAUACUAUUACCACUUGAAUCAAUCUUCUUGCCAGCAAUAGAUCUCAUUUUCAAAAGCAAUUCUUCGGUGCUUACGUAGCUGGCAGAAAGUUCUGCCCAAAAAAAGAAAGGAAGGAAGGAAGGAAGGAAGGAAGGAAGGAAGGAAGGAAGGAAGGAAAGAAGGAAAACAAAUGUUGGGUGGACUUUUCCUAUGAUGGCUGAUGCAUCUUAAAGGUAUAGUUCCUUCUGAACUGGUUCUUGUGGAAGAACAAAACCAAGGAGAAGGGGCCCCAAUAGCCUCUGAACAGACCUGAGGGGCAGGAGGGAGCAAGACUGUGGAGACCCCCUCACUCUUUGUCUCAACCAAUAAGAAAGAUGCCAAAAUGAUAACCCUGCCCUGAAGGAUCAACUCCAAGAGAAGCCGAAGCUAUCGCACCAGGGCCAAUAUCCCACCUUUUAUCUUGAGAUGGAGGGUGGAUAGUCAGUGGGACUGUUUGAACCACAGUGGGACUCAGAACAGUGAGAAGGCUGGUAAGAAUGGGACUCAGGUCUGGGAGCCUCCAGAGGCUUGAAAGAGGUAAUGGGGCAUUCAAUGGUAGAGACCUGAGGCCAACCAUAUAGCUGGGGCUUUGGAAUCAGUAUAACACACAGGAAGGCCUGUUGUAUUUAAGUGGUGGCAUAGCUGGUGGGCUCAGGGCAUUCCACAAGCAGAAUGCAUGUAGUGAUGAGGGCCAGGUAGGAGGCCAGUGGACCAAAGGAUACAGCAGUUCAAGAGUAUGGGUGUACUCAGCUGGCGAGCAUACCCCAGGAAGGGCACUUUUCUUUCUUGCCUCUUGACAAACUCUUGCUAAAGAUGCCACUCCAGAGCCACCCAGCACUCAGCAGGGAAUGCUGAGUGGCUCUUGAGGUUGGAUCUUGGAUUCAAGUUCAGGCACACAGCUAACUUGUUUCUAAGCCACUGCAGUAGCUAUGGACAGGCAUUCCUCCCUAGGGACAAAGAAAAGGCAAAAGAAAGCUUUGUAGAUAGAGGUUGUCACAGAGGCUGACAUCCCAGAGGUUAGGCUGGUUGGUACCUGAGAGUUGGCUGACCAAGGUUCAGUCAGGACUGUUCGCUGGACCAGGAGAGGGCACUACACCUUUACAGUGCACAGCACAGUCAUACCUCCACCCCAGCUUCUGCUGGGCCCAGCCGUGCCACCUGAACUGUCACUUCCAGGUUCAUAGUGGAAGCAAAACAUGAACAUUGUCACGCACAAAGACAGGGACUGCCUGCAGGGUUGUGCAGAGUGGAGUCUGGCUUUAGCUUUCCAGAGCUGGGGCGCUCAGAAUCCUGGAACCCCUCCCUCUCAGGUAUGGGGGUCGGGGAGUCUUUGGUUUCCCCUGAAGGGGCAAUUCUGAACCUCUUGUCUUUGACAAGUAUGCACAUUUUCCUGUCUCUGAAGCUCUGUACUCUGCCAAGUGGCCCUCUAGUCCUCUUCCAGCAAGUGGUUGUUGAUUCAGCCACCCCUGAUUCUAUGUGUUCCUAGUUUCCUGUGUAUUUAUGGUCACUUUCGUGUUGAUUUGAGUGUUGUUUGUUCCCCCCCAAUUUUACAAAGUUGCUGUGUGACCUGUUUUUCUUUUGUCUUAUGGAACUUUAGUAAAGUAACCACUGUGGGUGAUUGAACCCAGGUGACAUGUAUGGGAGAGGGGGCUUGGUCAGCUGCGGCAGCCUGAACUUGUGGUUAUGCCAAUCUAUGCUUCCCUCUCAGGCAAGCCUUCAGUAUUUUAGGUUGAUGGACACCAUUCUGGAACAGGGCCUGAGGAAGGCCUCCUCAUCAUUCCCAGAUCAAAUUCUACACCAAAGACACAAGCAGACCAAGUCCCCAGGUCCCGCCUAGAUGGAAGGUCAGCCGCUCCCCAAGCCCACUCCCCCACAGUGUUCCCACCUGUCUUCGAUCCCAGUCCCUUCCACCCAGUCCCUGGCCCUGACACAUUGUUGUGAUGCUUGUCUUUCCAUGUCUGCAUGUAAGUAACAUUUUUGAAGUAGAGCUCAUGACUCUGGUCCACCUGCCCCUUGGAGAGAGGGCCAAGCUGUCCACCCAUGCUUGCCUGGGACAGGCCAGAUUCUGACACCCACAUGUAGCCCUGCCUGCCACACCUGGUGAACAGCAUGGAAGGCCACUGAGGGCCCCCAUCCAAUGCACUAGCUGUAAACAGGGAAACUGAGGCCUAGGGCAGGGGAGACUCUGGUAUUACAAGCUGUGAGUGGAACCUGGCACUGCAAGUCAGCUGUAGCUACAGGUUCUCCAGGGUGUGGGCAGUGAGUAAGGAGGACCAGGAUGAUGCCCCUCUCCCCCAUCACCUUUCCUGAUAACCAAAGUUCAGACUGAUCAGGGUCCCCUACCCACUGCUCAGGGCACAGACAGCAGCAUGCCACUCUCUGCCCAUCCUCACUCCAGCCCACACUGCCCUCUCUUCCUCCCCAAACUCCCUGGGAGCUAGAAAUUGAGACCCCUACCUGCACCACAAGAAACAGGCCUGGGCUUCGGCAGGGUGUAAGGACAGGCCUGUGGCCUCCGUGCAGUCUUUAGGCCAUGCCAGAAGCAGCCUGAGAGGACUUCCCUCUUAGGAAGAUCAUGAGGAGUGCUUCCUCUGGGCCUCUGGCCCUAGUCCCCACCCCAGCUCCCUAACACAUCCUACAAGACUAUGGUGAAGCCAGGGGAGAGCAGCAUGUGUCCCCUCUGUCCAGCAGGGGGCACUCUGUAUCACGGAGCAGUGAUACAAAAAACGCCAUGGUCCACCGCAUUCCAGCCCUGGGUCUCCUGAUGGAGCAGUGCUCCUGCAGCCAGUCUACACAGUCCAAGGGCAGAAGCAGUGUCCGCUCUCCAAGACACAGACACAAGCCAGGAAGGCACCCAAGAAAAAGCCCCUCAUGGCCCCAACCAGCUCUGAGACCCUAUCCCUACGAAUGCUGUAAAUACCUCUGUGUGCACAGACCCCACCUCCCCAGUGAAGUCCAAACCACACACAAAACAAAGCCCAGAUACCCCAGGGUGGACAGGGGGCAUUGGAAGCCAAAAGCCACACUCCCACCUCCUCUCCUUCCAGCUGACCCCUCAGUAGUCUGGUUCCACAGGAAGCUGGUUUUCAAUGUUCUCUGGGGAGGGGGCAUCACCACAGGCAUGCUUUGGCCUGUUCCCCAAAGGACAGAGCAUCUUGUUAUGUAUUUGGCUUAAAAAUGAGAUGAUAGCUCCAUUUAAAAACAAAAAACAAAAAACAAUCUUUCCAAUUCCUAACUGUGACUGUAUUUAGCACAAGAGAAAAGCUGAGAACCUGGGGUUUGCCGCCUUCAGAAAGAUGUCUGGGUCAUCAGGACAUUUUUUAAAACUUUGAAAUAUUUUUAAGAUAUUUUAAACUUUUGUAAAAAACAAAAAACAAAACAAAAAAAAAAAAGGAAAGAAAACUUGAAACCAA